CACCAUUGCCUUCCUUUAAGCACAUAAAUUGGUUUUUGCACAUUCUUCUAUUUCUAUUUCACUUAUAAACUCUCUUGGAUCUCUAAAUCUUCUCCUUCUCUCUCAAUUUUAACAUUAUAACACAUUUCUCAGAAUGCAGAACUCCAAUUCGUUAAAACAAGAAUUUUUUAAGAAAUGGAUGAUGGGUCUUCAAAUAUACACAACCACCAACGAAAACAUGACGGUCACAGAGCGAAAAACAGCCAUUAAAUUAUCUGCUGACAUAGCUUUAGCAUCCUCUCGAAACUGCGCCACCCGGUGGAGUCGAGCGGUUAUUGCUCGCUCCUCCGUCGAUAACCGAAGCUGUUUUGUGGCUAACGGCGUACUGGGUCGUGGUCUAUGCGAGAGAGUGAAGCAAAUCAGCAAUUUGAAAAUCACGCGAAGUUCAUGGAGUAGUGGGAAGAUUGUGAAAAGAAGCCGUCGUGUGUGGCGGCGGCGGAGGCGGAGGAAUAAAUGUAUGGCGGCGGUGACGAUUGCAAGAAGAUUAGUGCAAAAAAGAACAAAAGUGCUACGUGGUUUGGUUCCGGGAGGUGAAUUUAUGGAUGAAAUUUCGUUGAUUGAAGAAACCCUAGAUUAUAUGUCAGCUCUUCAAGCUCAAGUUGAUGUAAUGAGGUUUCUUGCAACUGCAUAUAAUCCAUCAUCAUCAUCAUGAAAAGAAAAUUCAAUUUUUAAUUAUAAUCAAUCCCCCCUUUUUUUUUGUUUAUUUAUUUUCUUUUUUGGCCAACAUUCAUAUGAUGAAUGUGGAUGGAGAAAGUUAUGGGCUUUUUUUCUCUCUUUUUUGCACAUAUAUGUGUAGCUAAUUUAAUUUGAAGUUAAUGUA